AUGGCCUCCAAGUGCAAGAUCACCCUGCUCGUACUCGCAACCCAGCUCCUCCUCGCUGCAGCUGCACCCACCGCAACGACACCGACUACCCCAACGGCCACUCCCGGGCGUCCCGCCGUCCCGGCAGCGCCAUUCCCCCCGCAGCCAUUCCCGGUCAACGAGGGCGAGGCGGCGGCGGCUGAAUGCUGGAAGGCGGUGGUGCAGGCGACCGAGACCUGCGCCGGGGAUCUCCUCCGGCGGCUGGCCUCCCCCGAGCCCGCCGUCCGCGUCGGCCCGGCAUGCUGUGGCGUGCUCCGGAGCCUCGGCGACAAGUGCCUCCGCGACCUCUUCCCCGGCUCCCCGUUCGGCCGCUUCUACGCUCCCUUCGUCGCCCGCGCUUGCGGCGGCGGCAUCCCCAGAAGCGCCACCACCACCACUACCGGCGGCCGCCAGUAA